GUUUCUCCGGGUGGUCCAGAAUCAGGGUGAGUCCCUGACCUAAGCAGCACCAACGGCGUCCCAGGCGAUUGUGCGAUCCAGCCCGGACAACGUUGCCGCGGCACGCAAGAACGAGGUUGCCAUGGCCGAGGUGCUCAACCUGGACAGCAUCAUAUCCCGGCUGCUGGAGGUGCGCGGUGCCCGUCCGGGCAAGAAUGUCCAGUUGUCGGAGGGCGAGAUUCGCGGCCUGUGCCUGAAGUCCCGCGAGAUCCUGCUGGCCCAGCCGAUACUGCUGGAAUUGGAGGCACCGCUCAAGAUCUGCGGCGACAUCCAUGGCCAGUACUACGAUCUGUUGCGCCUGUUCGAGUACGGCGGCUAUCCGCCGGAGGCCAACUACUUGUUCCUCGGCGACUAUGUGGACAGGGGCAAGCAGUCGCUGGAGACCAUCUGCCUGCUGUUGGCCUACAAGAUCAAGUACUCGGAGAACUUCUUCCUGCUCCGUGGCAAUCACGAGUGUGCCAGCAUCAAUCGCAUUUAUGGAUUCUACGACGAGUGCAAGCGCCGCUAUACGAUCAAACUGUGGAAGACCUUCACCGAUUGCUUCAACUGCCUGCCGGUGGUGGCCAUUGUGGACGAGAAGAUCUUCUGCUGCCACGGCGGCCUCAGUCCGGACCUGACCUCCAUGGAGCAGAUCCGCCGCAUAAUGCGGCCCACGGAUGUGCCGGAUCAGGGGCUGCUCUGCGAUCUGCUGUGGUCCGAUCCGGACAAGGACACCAUCGGCUGGGGCGAGAACGAUCGCGGGGUGAGCUUCACCUUUGGCGCGGAGGUGGUGGGCAAGUUCCUGCAGAAGCACGACCUGGACCUGAUCUGCCGCGCCCAUCAGGUGGUCGAGGAUGGGUACGAGUUCUUUGCCAAGCGCCAGUUGGUCACCCUCUUCUCGGCGCCCAACUAUUGCGGCGAGUUCGACAAUGCCGGCGCCAUGAUGUCCGUGGACGACACGCUCAUGUGCUCCUUCCAGAUCCUCAAGCCCGUGGAGAAGCGCAAAAAGUAGAUCUCCGAAUUUGCAGACAUGUAUCACCACUAUAUCGCUAUCGUAACGCCACACUACACCACACAUACAGCUCCACUCCUGCACCUACUCCAACACACACUCCUACACCCA